AUGCUCCUGUACUCUGGAUUAAUCCCCGAUCAGGACUCCAAGUGGAAUUUCCGCCUAAACACGCAAUCGACUACACUCACCACAUCCACGGAGGUACCCAGCACUGUGGGAACCUCAUUUUGCUGUGUGGCGGACCCCAAUCCAGUGUCAACAAGUCCUCGUCCAGAAGGUAUACAGUCAGCAAGUAACAAUAACGUCGAACGACUAUUCGACCCUCACAACGAUGAUGAUGAAUUUCUCGACGAACCUGAUUCUACAACUAUCUGCGCACAACCAGCACACAGUUCCAUCGAUCAGAAUGAAGUGGUGCCUCCCGCGCGCAAACGCGCACGCCUCAUAGCACCGGUCAGUAGCAGACACUCGGAAGCUGAAAUGUCUGCCACCACAUCGAUUCGACGUGACUUGCAACAACCGGCUGUUGGCCACUUCGCGGGUCCAGUUAGAGGCAGCAACACGGACGAAGAAAUGUUGGCCGCCAUAUCGAAUCGACUCGAUCUGCAGAGAAGGAUUCCUGAGCGAUACCUCAACGCUGCGUCGAAGCCAACCGCUGCGGAAUCGAUUGCUACAGCACCUCGGGCAACUAUCACGAGUCUGGAUUAA